CUCGCAACGCACCCUUGUGUUUUAUUCAAAAAUCCUCUUCGCGUAGCCGCACUCCGACCAGAUCGUCGGUGUCUUGCAUGCGCCGCAACGGUCCUUCCAUAUGGUGCCUGCGACGUUCCAGCAAAUUUUCCUUCCUUCUCGACGUAGUUCCCGUUCUCCCUCUCGCUGUCGAUAGACAGGUCUCUUUCCGGGGAACCCUGCCUCGCUCCCCCCUCUAAUCUGCCUCCUCCCUUUUUUCCUCGUUCUCCCCCAAAGCCCUGCUUCCACCCGAUCCUCACUCGCUCUCCCUCCUCUCCCCUUCGCUCUUCCUCGCAUGGCGGGUGUUCCUCAAGACACGCAGGCCUCUUCUGCCUCAGCGUCGUCGCCUCCUUCCCAACGCGACUUGGAGAGGCGGGCGUGGACUACCGCCGGCGGAACCGGCGAGCUGGCUCCCGCCCGGCGACCGAGCCACCCGAGCGCGGAUGGAAGGAACGGGUCUCCUUCUCUGGCGCCCUCUUCCGCGGUCGUCUCGGAGGGAGAGGGCGGCAUGACACACUCUGUCGUAUCCUCUUCGACGAUGCCUUUCGGUCGCUUUUCUUCCCUCGCUUCCUCUUGUCAAGACAACGCAGAUGAACCGAUCUGCUUCCUCCAGCCCGACCAACAGCAACACUUUCUCCUCCAGGGGCGCCUGGUGGACGACACAAUCUCGAGACCGGCGCGCUCGCUUUUCUCGCUCGUCUCAGGAGCCGCGAGCGACGACGCCCCCGCGCCUCAUCAUGCAGCAGCCGCGGCGUCCGCUGGGGUGUUCGUCCACCCCAGCGGCGCGUUGCAGUCUGCAGAGCCGGGAUCGACGGCCAACCGUGCCGCGGAGGCGGCUGGCAGCCCAUGUCUUCGGCAAGGCUCUUCGCUCUUUUCCUCGGCGUCUGGCGCCUCUGGGCGGAGUUUGGGCCUCUCACGCUCAGUGGAGAAGAUCAUUGAGAGCGGGGAGGUGCAGAUGGACGACAUCGAGCCGGAGCAGGCGGCAGACAUUUCCAAGGCGCUGCUCCUCCACACACAGCACCACCAUAUGCUGCUUCAGAGCGAGAGCCUCCCGCGAACACCGCUGACCGUGCACCCGCUGUCACCCUUCCGGCAGAAGGAGCCAGGCGCCGAGAGAGGCACGCCGACUGCUGGAGGCUUCGCCUCUGCAGAACGCGGGACUCGAACCUUGAACAUCAUUCGCGAGGUGUACGAGGGAUACCAGUCUUCGUCGCCUUCUUCCGCGAGGCACCUCUCCGAGGACGGGAGAGGAGGCGAGGACGGGAGAGGAGGCGAGGACGGGAGAGGAGGCGAGGACGGAAGAGGAGGCGAGGACGGAAGAGGAGGCGAGGACGGGAGAGGAGGCGAAGCCGAGGCUCUGAUGAAGGCCUCACCCAGAGACGAGGCUCCAGAGACCGCGGAGACGCGCAGAUCCACCCACGAGCGGGAGAAAGACAAGGCAGUCUCCGUGCACGCGCGUCCAGGCACUGAAGACGAAGGCAGCGGGGCUUCGGGGCAACUCUCGGCUCCUCGAGAGUAUCGACAGGCGGCGAGUGAUGCUGAGAAAGGGCACAGCGGCGCCCACACGUCUAGCAGACAGGACAGGGAGGACCGAGGCGGCGGCGUUGCCCUCCCGUCAGAGACGGAGGAGGAGCAGGAACGGCGGCUGCUGGACGAAAUUGAGGCACGACUGACCCAGGAUGCCGAAGGUUUCCUUGAGGGCGCGAAACUGGAACUGGAGGAUUUGCGACUGAGUGCAGAGCGAGAAGUCCUCGCUCUCCAGUACAUCCCCUUCAAGGCAGAUCGCCUCCUCGCGCUUCCCACCAGCUGCCGGGAGAGCCUCCUCGGCAUCUUCGUCUGUCUCUGUCUCCAACACAUUGAGAGCCUGAGCCCUGAGCUGCAAAGCCAGGUCGCGGAGUGGAGUCUUAUUUUUCUCCACACACUCGCCACCCCCCAGGUGCUGAACGUCGACGCGAAUGUGGAGAAGAGUCUCGUUCGUCCUAUCAUUCUGCGGGACCGUCUGUUAAAAGACGGAUUAAAGACUUCGGACAUCCUGAGUCCGGCGCCGUUGGUGAAGGUCGUGGCGGACGCUUGCGAGGCGAUGCAGCCGGAAGUCAAUUCGAUUUUCAACACCCUUCACUCAGAGAUGUCUUGCUUUGCUCACCUAGGCAUUUCUCAGGACUCGGCACCUGCCUCGCCAGUCGCGCCCGGAGCAGCUGGCGCCCAGCGACCCAGAACCAGGUCGCAGUCUCCUUCGUUCUCUUCUUCUGAAGCUGCUGACUCAUCCGCCGGAGUCGAGCCGCGCCGACGGUCGAGCCGGAGGGACAUUCUGUCUUCGUUGCCCGCGGCGCCGCAUGCGCAGUACGCGAGAGAGAGACAGGGAAUCAUGGACGACUCUGAGGAAGACGGUGCGAGGCCUUCGGGCGCUCAGCGAGUCGAGGGAGUUGAGCCGCGCGGAGUCGCGGCGUAUGUGUACUCUUCAGGUUUGCGGCGGGGGUCGGACGCCUCGGACGCGGAGCGAGGCGCGACCAUCGGACUGGGCAGACGCGGCGAAGAAGAAGACUCUUCCUUCCUCGAAGAGGCUGGACAGACUGUGAGCGAGCAUCUCCGCAGGCGCUUGACAGUUGAGCGGAGAAGAGAAGAGCUGCAUGCGCGGCGCCGGGAGGCUGCAGAGAGAGCGGAAGAUGGAGGAGAGGAGACUAUGGAGAGAAGCAGGCGGAGAGAGAACGACGAGGAAUUGCUCAGCUCGCCAAGGGAGAACGGAGAGCCUGGUGCACCACCGGACACUGCGUCUGUCGACAGAAACAGCGAGUCGCAGACGCUUGCCUCGUCCUCGGUCGCUGCCUCCUCUCCGUCUGUUGGCUGCAGACACGACUCUCACGCGGUUGUUUUUACGUCGGUUGCGGCGCAUCCUUUGUCAGGAGGGUCGUCUCCGCUCUCUGGUUCUGCGCGCACUGAGGCGCCGCAUGCAGCCGCUACCCUGCGCGUGUGUGUAGAGAAGAGAGAGGAGGAGGACGAGGCGCUCGUGGCGGCCGUCGGAUGCGUGGAGGAGAAGGAGAGUUUCGAUGAAGAAGGCAGUGGCUGCGAACUGCAGCUUCCCGAGGAACAGGAACAGAUGCUGAACCCCAACAGUCUGCGCUCGGAGCAGCCGACGCGCUACAACUUCCCCGCCUUCUCUCGCGCGCAGAGCGGUCGAACGAGCUGGAAUCCGUCCCCCUGGGAGAGACGCAGUCCCGAAGGAACUUUCGGUUCUGAGGACGGCGCCUCUGCUCUCCUGCCUUCGUAUCCGCCCUCCGCAAAAACUGUGCUUCUCCGCGAGCUCACCACCGCGCUUGUCACCAGCGGGUCGUUCGACGCUCGCGUCCAGUUCAUGCUGCAGGUCUUUGCAGUCGACCUACUCCAUCUCAAUCCUCUCAUCCUCAUUCGCCUCGAGCACCACCUGGCCGCCGACCUUCUCGAUCUACUCAGAGCGAGUACGAAGGAGGGUGCGAGGCAAAAGACGUGGAGGCGACUGAAGAUUGCAGGUGCCGCAAUUGGAGGGGGAGUUUUGGUAGCUCUGACAGCCGGACUUGCAGCUCCUGGCAUCGUCGCGGGGAUCGCGUCCCUGGGUUUGGGAGGUGCAGGAGUCUCUGCCUUCCUCGCCUCUGCAGGUGGGAUGGCCGUGAUUGUGUCGCUCUUCGGCGCUGGAGGCGCAGGGCUCACCGGGUGGAAGUACAGCCGGCGAAUAGCAAACAUCAAGAUUUUCGAAUUCGACAUGUUAAACGGAAAGACACCGUCGAGUUUAGGAGUCACGGUGUGUGUUUCUGGCUACCUGCGAACUUUCGACGACAUCGCUCUGCCCUGGCUUCAAGGGUGUCCACACGCGUGCUCGGAUCUCCUCGCGCUCAAGUGGGAACCCAACAUCUUGAAAUCCCUCGGAGGCAUGGUCGUUCAAAUGCUUUCACAGGACUUCGCAGUGGCGGCGGGGAAGUACUAUCUGCAGCACACUGCCCUGGGGGGCCUCACGUUUGCUCUCUUCUGGCCGAUGGCUCUGAUUCAGUACGCAGCGAGUCUGGACAAUACCUGGAGUCUGUGCAGAGAGCGCGCUCAGCAGGCAGGGCGCCUCCUCGCCGACGCCAUCUCCGACACCCAGGCCGUCGGGCAGCGCCCAGUGAGCUUAGUGGGCUACAGCAUGGGAGCGCGCGUCAUUUUCUACUGCCUUCAGACACUCUGGAAACGUCGGAAGCUCCACGUUGUGUGCGACUGCGUGUUGAUCGGUUUGCCGGCGAGCUUGAACACCAAGCAGUGGUCUGCAGCGAGAGACGUUGUUAGUCGAAGAUUGAUUAACGUGUAUUCGCGCUCAGACUGGCUACUGGCCUUCCUCUACCGAUGGAUGGAGUGGGGAUUGCAGGUCGCGGGGCUCGGUCCUGUGAAGAACGUUCCCGGUGUUGAGAACUACGACGUGACAGGUCUGGUCAAGAGCCAUGCGCAGUACCCGGAGAUGAUGCCUGACAUUUUGGCGUUUAUAGGCUUCGACGCGUAAUUUGAUAUCCCAAAGUCGAGGAUUUUUGUGGAAAAGCGCUCGAACCAUUUCUGUAAAGAAACAGUUGAAACACCGACUCUAACUGACACGCGAACUCUCUGCGUCGCUAGACACUUGCAACCCGGUGGUGGCGGUUCUGCAGGCGGUGAUCGGACGGAGUAAAAACGUGGGGGAAAAUCCAGGAAUUCCACAGAACACAAAGCACGUACUUUCUAAAACACACCCGGUUUCACGGGCGAGUUGUAGCCGCUGGAAAUUUCGCCGUCGGCGCUUAGAACGGGGAGACGCGCUCCAUCGUUCGUAAGCCGACAUUUGCGCUUUAUCCGACCCUUUUGACGACGAGAAGAUUUUACAUCCUCGAACUUCGGACUACAACGAACACGAGGACUCUGGUGAAAAUUCAGAGAUCAAACACGCGCAUGACCUCAUGCUUACUCGCAACGAAGUCCACCCUUGCCGGCGAACCGCGCGGCG